GAGAUGGAAUUUUCUGUGAAAGUUCACCUUUUAACAGCUUUUGUUUCCUGUAUUAAGGUCUUUGCUCAGGUGGUACAGGCUGGGAAGCAUCCAGGCCUGCAGGUGUUGGCCACGGCCUCACAUUACUGGCCUCUUGAUGCCGUGGACGGGAUCCAUGAACUGUGGGACCAGAUUGGAAACAGACCAGGUUAUGUUAACGGCAGUAACAUAUCUCUCAGAAUCCACAACCACACUGUGCUCCCUUCCUCCCAUAACUCUUCCUAUGUGUAUACCAAUGACUCUGCCUACACUAACAUUUCUGCAACAGUAGAUAUUGUUGAAGGAAUGGUCAACAAGGGUAUCUUUCUAAGCGGAGAUAAUGGUGGUACUUUUCUCCACUUUGGAAGCUACCAGAACUCCUGCAUUAGUGACCCUACUUUGUGUGGUCCAGAGGGGAUUACUUUCUCAUUUUUUUGGAAAAACCACGAGGCAGAGUCCCGUUUCGCAGUGUCCUCUGGAGGUAAAGUUAUCUCCAAUGGUUUCUCUAUUUUCACCAAUCCCCACGGAGGAUAUGUGGAGUUUUACACUCGGGGAAACUACCGCAGAUGGAAGGCCAAUAUUGAAGUUCCAGGGCCAUACUGGACCCACAUUCUCUUCACAUGGACCAGAAAGGAUGGUCUGAUGGUCUAUAUUAAUGGGACCUUCACUACAAGUGACACAAAUGGCAGUGUGUCAGAGAACUAUGGUGACCCCUACCCGGAUCUCGUCAUUGGAACUGGCAACAAGGCAUAUGACCAUUAUGUUACAGGGGCCUUCGAUGAGUUUGUCAUCUGGGAAAAGGCUCUAUCACCUCAAGAUAUCUUGCUCUACUACAGUGCAGCAAUAGGCCAGGAGAUGGUUUCAGCCACAACACCAAUAGUCUUCAAAGAAGUCACUUCAACUACACCAGCAUCUAGACCCACAGAGGUGAGUCCUUCUGUCGACAGUGGUCAGCAUGUGGAGAGUCAAAGCUCUCAGGAUCCUCGGGCCAUGCCAGUGCUGGGCUUCCUUAAGAGGAUGCCAAAUAAGACCAUCCUUUACAACAAUGCCAACAACCUCACACAGGCUUUCCUUAAAAGUGUGGAAGAAGUGCUCUCCUCUCCAGUGGUGCCAGAGCAGUCCAUCCCUGUGGUCAGCGGUCUGAUCGAGACCGUGGACAGAGUGAUGGAACAUAUGGUGACUAACCUGGAGCCCACCCCGAACUCACUCAUCUCCCUCGAUGGAACAUCUUUUGUUGCCGAUUACUCUCUGAUGAAAUUCCCGCAGAACUACAACCUGUCACAUUACCGCUUCCCUGAACAGGGCAAGAGCUACAUCUCUGUGCCUGGAGAGGCUUUCGCCAUGCAGUCCCAAACCACCAUCGUCGGCCUCUUCUACCACAGCAUGCACAACUACUACAAAGAGAUCAGCCCUGUCAAGACCAGGAUAAAUGAAGCCUCUGAUUUCAAGGAUACCAAAAUCCAAGUAGCAAGCUGUCUAAUAUCCCUUAAAGUGGAGCCAUCGCCUGCCCUUUCAGUCAACCUCUCUGGAGCUCCACUCAUCAAAAUUGUCCUCACCCACGUCCUGACUAAAGAGCAGCAGGAGCAGCUUCUAAAUCAGAGCAAUAAAGUCUUCCUCUACUGCGCUUUCUUGGACUACAGUUCAAAUGAGGGCGUGUGGUCCAACAAAGGAUGUGUACGCUCAGACGGAAACAUGUCGUACUCUGUCUGUUUGUGCAACCACCUCACAAACUUUGCCAUUCUCAUGCAAGUGGUGCCAUUAAAGCUCACAAUCGGCCACAGGGUGGCACUCUCAACCAUUGGUUAUGUUGGCUGCUCCAUCUCCAUUGUCUGUCUUGCCAUCACACUGGUCACUUUUGCAGUUUUGUCGUCAGUGAGUACCAUCCGCAACCAACGCUACCACAUACAUGCCAAUCUGUCCUUUGCCAUCCUGGUGGCUGAGAUCUUACUGCUCAUCAGUGCCCGCUUUGACCCCGGCACGCUGCCGUGUAAGAUAAUGGCCGUCCUGCUUCACUUCUUCUUUUUAAGCGCCUUCGCCUGGAUGCUGGUGGAGGGUCUCCACCUCUACAGUAUGGUGGUCAAGGUGUUCGGCUCUGAAGGCAGCAAACACUUCUACUACUACGGCAUUGGCUGGGGGUCCCCGUUGGUAAUAUGUGUGGUGUCCAUGACAUCAGCUCUGGACAGCUACGGCGAGGUUGACAACUGCUGGCUGUCACUGAAGAACGGAGCCAUCUGGGCCUUUGUGGCACCGGCUCUGUUUGUCAUUGUGGUGAACAUUGGCAUUCUGAUAUCCGUGACAAGGAUUAUAUCUCGAAUCAGUGGAGAAAGUUACAAAGUUCAUGGAGAUGCCAACGCUGUCAAGCUGACUGCAAAAGCAGUGGCUGUGCUCCUGCCUAUACUUGGCAUUUCCUGGAUCUUCGGUGUUCUUGCUGUCAACACACACUCUUUACCAUUCCUGUAUAUUUUUGCUGUAUUCAACUCUUUACAAGGGUUCUUUGUCUUCUUAUUUCACUGUCUUCUCAACUCCGAGGUCAGAGCUGCCUUCAAACACAAGACCAAGGUGUGGUCUCUUACCAGCAGCUCCAUCCGAAACAUCAAUGUGAAGCCGUUCAACUCGGACAUUAUGAAUGGAAACAAGGAGGGUGUAACUCCUACAAAGAUGAACACAUGGGACAAAAGCACCAACUCAGCCAAUCGUAUCGACCUCUCUGCUGUGUAGAAAGUCAGACCAACUCUCACUUCUGUCUGUGGUCGGAGAGCAGUCUAAAGUUCAGUGGUGUAAGAUGACAAACACUGGCCAGGAUAUUCUCCCACUAUGUUAUGUAAUGAUUUGGACACUCAGCUGCACUUUGAAAGUGAUACCAAAGGCAGUGUGUGGCUGAAUUAUCACUCCACCUUUAAAGACAAACAGACUGAAGACUGUGCCUUAUAUUUUCUGCUGAAAACAAACAUCCCCCCCAUAAAACAACAAACAAACAAACAAGAGCAUAUAUUUCAGAGGAGGUCAGUGAAGUCAGAGAGAUCCAUGAGUGUAUGCAUGGUCCACCUUUUGAUAUUGACAUUUACAAGCUGGCAAGAUUUUAAUAGAACAAUUUUACAUCUGAGGAAUGAUGAUUGUUUUGUGCUCUAACUGAGAGUAAAAUGAAAAGAUUGCUUACAUUUUCAAGCUAUUUUUAUAUAAAGUCACUGCUAUGAGCUUGUUAGCUAAAGCAUAGCGAUUUGAAAUAGGGGGACAGCAAUAGUUCUGUUUUUUGUUUACAUGCCAGGAUAGCUAUCCUAUUACUUACAGGCUAAUAACUGUUAAACACCCAGCCAAGCUGUCUUGAGGCCAAUAACUGUAAAAAAGUGAGCAAGUUAUCUCCAGGAUAUUAACUAUGAUACAGCUAGCCAAUCUCCCCUAAAGGUAAUAACUGUAGACACAAUAGCAAUCUAUCUCCAGGAAGAAAAACAAUUCUAAACAGCUAGCCAAUCUAUCCAAAAGCUAAUAGGAUUUAAGGAGGAUUCAAGGUUUUUUAUCGUCAUACCAACACAAGCUGUCGCACGAUAUGGAACGAAUUUUUGAUUCUCAGGUCCCGUAUAAAGCCACAAAGAACACACAAUUAAAAAGGAAGACAACAGUAAUAAAUAUAAAAAUGUAUACAAAUAUAAAUAUUGUGCAUGAACUUAUUGAGUUAUCUCAUAGUGCAAUUGAAUGUGCAAAUGUAAAAUGUGCAAGUUUUGAGGUAGUCCGUUAUAUAGUACUGUUCGAGUCUUUAAUAACUGUAAGAUAGCUAGCCAAACUAUCUUCAGACUUAUUAGAUAGUAAUUCAAGCUAUCUUUAGGAUAUUCAAAAAACUAUCCUAGCCUUCUGCUGGCUUUAAACCAUAAAACAGCUAGCCAAACAAGUCCCUCUGUUUCCAAAACAUGUGCUUAGCUGAGCUAACCAGCUGCUAUGUUGGGUCAUACAUAGCACAGCUAUGAACAUCACAAUGGAAGCAAUAUUUUCAUCGAUCUUUCAUUGUAUUUCUUUGGAUCACAGUCAUACAAUUUGGCCUGAUUUUGUUUCACAAAGCAGUUGUGCUAUACAUCUGCUGUAAUAUGUACUUGUAAGUAUUUCAUAGUAUGGUUAAGUAAAAAUGCUAAACUUUUAUAGAUAAGACCAAGGGAAUUUUCCCCCUGAAAUAUAGUGUUAGAUGUCUGCCUUAAAACAAUUACCAGCUGUUUCGCAGUUUUAUCAUCACAAAGAACCAAUCACGUAUUUUUCCUAAUGAACUUUUCAUACAUUCACAGUUUCAUACAGCCUUUAUCCAACAUUUGGGACAGUGCAACACAACUUUAACAUAACAACAAUGAAUAGGGUAGCAGUGUAUUUGACCUUAUGUAUUUGACAUAAUGUAUUUAUUUAUUUGUGAUUCUGAGUUCUGUAUCAUGUCCUCUGCAAAAUGUCACAGCUUAACAGUGUGUUAUGUUAAAUUCUCUCUGUGUUUUCUCUCUUGAAAUGAAUUAGUUGGUAUGUUUGCAGCACCUCACUUCCAUAAAAGCUGCAGUUUGUUGUGUUACUUUUUGAGGACAAGUGAAUCAUCAUUGUGUUUCAAACCUGAUUUUAUGAAGUUUUAUCGUGACUUUAGCUAUUUGUGUUGCUUAAUUUCUUUACCUUUUCAUACAUUUUUGUACAUGGAAAUAUAAAGAACAGAGGGACUUGA